AUGAUUGGAAGUAUCUUUUUCAUCUUCAACCGGUUGGUUGAGAUUACCUUUCUCAUUCCGAUCAUCGGUAUCAUGGCUUACUUCGUCGAUGGUUACCUAAAAGCCAACAUGCUCACGCCGCCAUACAUCUUGGUCCUCUUCAUCGUCAGCGUGAUUGCCGUCUUCUGGUGCAUCGAUACCUUGAUCCGCUUCUCCGCAACCAAGCGCUCCUCGUUCUUCGUCUCCUUCCUUGACAUGUGCUUCUUCGGCGCUUUCAUCGCAGGAGUCUACCAGCUGCGCUUCAUUGCAAACGCUGAUUGCGCACACUGGGAUGGCGGUUCCGUCUGGGUUUCCCUCGGUCCCUUUGGCGAGUACGGCUCGCAGGUGAACAACCCACUGGCGCUGCACGUCAACAAGACUUGCGCGAUGCUGAAGACUAGCUUUGCGCUGGGAAUCAUGGAAGUAGUCUUCUUUAUCUGGACUGCAUUCCUGGCACUGUUCAUCCACAGCAAGAACCGUGAGGUUAUUGUUAAGGAGACCACCGUUCGUCGGCGCAGCCAUAGCAGUCGUCGUGGUCACUCUUCGUCGCACCACCGCCACCGCAGCUCCAGCCGGAGACCUAGCUAUGUGGUCUAG